GCAAGAAUCUACAGAUGAAACAGAGGAAGCAGAUGAAGAAGUAGACUUGCAUCCUCUCCAAUAAUUUAAUGGGGGAUUCUAAGCUUACCAAAGCUAUCAUCACUCUCCUCUUCCUCCUCCUCCUACUUAGUCUUUGCCUAAUUGCAGCAGAAGCUAGAGGGGUAACAGCAGAGUUGAAGAAUCAACAAGACUUCGAGAACGAGACUUUUGUGGGAGUGAACAUUGGAACCGACGUCUCCAAUCUCUUGUCUCCGCCGAAAUUGGUUUCGCUUCUUCAAUUGCAGAACAUUACCCACAUCCGCCUCUACGAUGCCAACAACGAUAUCCUCCGAGCCCUUGCAGGCACCAAGAUCCGAGUCAUUGUUAGUGUUCCCAACAAUCAGCUUAUCGCCAUCGGUUCAUCGAACACAACCGCCGCCAAUUGGAUCGAUCACAACGUCGCGGCGUUCUAUCCUGAAACUGUAAUCACCGGGGUUGCCGUCGGCGACGAAGUCUUAACCACCAUCCCUUCCUCCGCUCCCCUUCUCUUUCCGGCGAUUCAGUCCCUCUAUAGUGCUCUGAUAGCCUCCAACCUCCACACCAAAAUCAAGAUUUCCACUCCCCAUGCUGCAUCCCUCAUACUCGACCCAUUUCCUCCGUCUCAGGCCUUUUUUAACCAAUCCCUGACAUGGGUUAUGCAGCCAUUGCUUCAAUUCCUUUCGAGAACGGGUUCUCCAUUGAUGAUGAAUCUCUACCCGUAUUAUGUGUUUGUGGAGAACAAAGGGGUGGUGUCCCUGGAAAGUUCCCUAUUCGAACCCUUGACUCCGGCCGAGGAGGUCGUCGACCCAAAUACCCUGCUUCACUAUACCAACGUACUGGACGCUUUGAUCGACGCCGCCUACUUCUGUAUGAAUAACCUGAACAUCACGGACGUGAAGGUGCUAGUGACGGAGACCGGGUGGCCAUCGAAGGGGAACUCGACGGAUUCGUACGCCACCAUCGACGAUGCCGAUAUUUACAAUUCGAAUCUGAUCAAGCACGUGUACGACCACAGCGGAACGCCUCUGCACCCGGAAAUGACCUCGAGCACGUUCAUAUACGAGCUGUUCAACGAGAACCAGAGAGCAUCGCCGACGACGGAGGCGAAUUGGGGGCUUUUCUACGGGAACGGGACGGCGGUUUACCUGCUGCAAUUUUCGGGCGGUGGGAAUUUCUUGGGGAAUGAUACGACGAACCAAACUUACUGUGUGGCCAUGGAUGGAGUGGACACGAAGACGUUGCAGGCGGCGCUGGAUUGGGCGUGUGGUCCUGGGAAGGCGAAUUGCUCGGAGAUACAACCUGGGCAGGACUGUUACGACCCCAACAAUGUGAAGAGCCACGCUUCUUAUGCCUUCGAUAGCUAUUAUCAGAAACAAGGGAAAGCUCAAAAAUCCUGCGAUUUCAAGGGUAUCGCCAUGAUCACCACCUCUGACCCUAGUCACGGGAGCUGUAUUUUUCCUGGAAGUUUGAAGGAAAGCAACAAGACAAAAACACUGAGCAACAUGAACACAGCUACUAAAAGUGGUGCAGAGAUGUUAGGAUGGAAGACUACUUUCUUCACCAUAUGGGUAUGGAAUGAGUUCUUCUUUCCCACUUCCCUGUUGGGUUUAUUGUUUCCAUUGUUACUUACUAUGUUCGUAGCAUGAGGAAAGGUAAUUAGGUGAAUGCAGCAGAGAGAAAAGCUUGGUGACAAGAAAGAUGUCUGUGUUAGUGUGGCCGCGAAGUGCUCAAGAUAUAUAUAUUUUUUUAAUUUGAAAAUAUUGAACUAUAUAUAAUUGGUUUUUUUGUAACGAGAAAUGAAAAGUAAUAUGAAGUUGUUGGUGCAUAAUUUUUUAUCCA